AAGCCAUGACUUGUGACCGUACCUUUUGAAAACACACUUGACACUCCCAUAGUCCUAUAUAAUCCUCUACGGGCUCUUACCUCCAAUGUUCCUUUCCAUGCUAAUUAAGCAACAUCGACCAACAUAAUAGAAGAAAAAAAACACACACAAUUAUUGAAGCUCUUUCAAAGAAGAAGAAGAUAUGAAGAAAGCUACCGCAUUGAUGAAACAGAUCGUUUGUUUGUUGAGCUCUGCAGCAAAGGCUAAAUCUAUAGCCAUAAAGAACAAAACAAGUGCCUUCAAAACAAGAGUCCUCAUGUUGUCUCUUGUUAAACACAAGAAGCUCGGGUUCCGUUCGAUUUCCAACAAGAUUCACAACCUCUUGGGCCAUGCAGAUCAAGAUCAAGAUCAUGAGGACAACAACCAAGACCAAGACAAGAACAAGGCUAUAGUUCUCUACAGCAGCAAGGCAUCCACAAUGGCCCAUCAUGAGGAAUACGACGUUCACGAGGACAACGACAAGUAUCCUGAUCUGAGGCACACGUUGUUCGAAGGAGAGGAUGAUUUUGGGGACUUGGAAGAGGAAGGUCAAGGCAGUUCUGUGAUAGAUAUGGUGAGGAACUCGAAGGAAGAAGAAGGAGAGAAUUUCAAGCUAGAAGAUGAGAUCGACCAUGUCGCAGAUCUCUUUAUUUCAAGGUUUCAUAAGCAGAUGAAACUUCAGAAACUCUUGUCUUUCAAGAGGUAUCAAGAAAUGCUAGCCCGAGGCACCUAAACCCAUAUCCAUAAAUAUGACCAUAUAUAUAUAUAAAAAUAUGUUGGCGAUAGAUAUGAAGAAUAGAUUCAUAUUGUGAUCAUUUGCUAACGUUCUUAUUUUGUGUUGUAUCUUAUAAAUUCUUCGAACCCCCUUAUUUUCUACGAUUAAAAAUAUUAUGAUCUCUUAGUAGAUGUGUUUGUAUUUAACAUGUUGGGUUGAAGGAAGGAUCUGUUUUGUGGAAUAUGUUUUCUUCCUCCUAGAGGUCGUAUUAUAUAUAAGUAUGAUCUUUGAAAUGUUA